AUGGAUUGUCCAAAGUUAAAAUUAUCGUACCGACGUCCAAUUUGGGCUCGUAAAUUACAAGAAUUUCUGAUGUAUGAGAAUAAUUUAGAAAAUGUGGUUGAAAGUGUAAUUAUGUUGGCAAUCUGCAAACUCCUUGGUCAAAACAUGAUUGCGUUAUUCGCGCCUGUAAUUUUGGAUUUGAUCGCAAAUCGAUUGGUACUUGUCUUCACAUAUCCGAAUAUCGCAGAAGCUUCUGCGCGUGUUAUGAACCACUCGGAGAUCACUUUCAAGGAAAUUGUUGAACCAUUGUUCGCGGUAAUCAAGGAAGGCGUCGAAGAAGGACACAAGAGUGAAUUCGUUGGUCGUUUACUCAUUUUUCUUGGGUUCAUAGUACUCAAACAAUAUUCUCACAUCAUUAAAAGCAUUAAUCAUAGCUUCUUGGAAGGUCAAAUUAAUGAAGGCAAGUUUAAAGAAAUUCGUGUGUUUUUUUGCACACAUUUUAUUGCAAUGGAGCGAGAUUUUCAUAAGAAGAUUUGUCCUUUUACUUUGAUCACUGUCUAUAGUUUAAUUGUCCUUCGAUCCGCUUAUUGUACUUAA